UGGCCGCGCGCCGGGUCGCACGUGCUUCGCGAUAUGGUGUCCGUAGGGCCGUGGCGGCGCCGCGCGCCGGACGACGACGACCGCUCGGAGCCCGGGGCCUCCAGCUCGGGGGUCCCGCGCGCGCCGCCCAACUGCGCGCGCUGCCGCAACCACCGGCUCAAAGUUGAGCUGAAGGGCCACAAGCGUUAUUGCAAGUACCGGCACUGCAACUGCGAGAAGUGUAGACUGACGGCGGACAGGCAGCGGGUGAUGGCGCUGCAGACGGCUCUGCGGCGGGCUCAGGCGCAGGACGAGGCGCGGGCGCGAGCGGCGGAUUCUGGGUUGCAUCCGCCAGGGAUUGAAUUGGAGCGGCCUGAGCCGCCGGUGGUGAAGGCGGCUAGAAGCCCGGUGCCGCCGCCGCCGCCGCGGUCGAUGGGCUCGGCUAGCUGUGACUCGGUGCCGGGUUCGCCUGGUGUCUCGCCGUACGCGCCGCACCCGCCGUCCGCGCCGCCGCCGCCGAUGCCGCCGCUCCCACCACCUCAACCAGUGGCCCUGGACUCCCUGGUGGAAAACUGCCAUAAGCUGCUGGAGAAGUUCCAUUACAGCUGGGAGAUGAUGCCCCUCGUGCUGGUGAUCCUCAACUAUGCUGGUUCAGACCUGGAGGAGGCUUCGCGGAAGAUUGACGAAGCCUCCUGGGUGGUGCACCAAUGGCGGUUGUACGAGCGCUCGCUUUGCUCGCUACUGGAGCUGCAAGCGCGCAAGGAGUCGUUCUGUUGCUCGCCCCGCUAUAUGCUGUCGCGAGAGUACGCGCCGCACCUGCCCGUGCCGCUCGUGCGCUCGCCGCCGCCCGCGCACUUGUAGCCCCACACCGCGCCGCUAUCGUCGGCGCAUGAGCCCACCGAGCCGUCUACUUCGGCCAAACCCGAGUAAGCACGCGGCCUCGGGACCCGAGGAAACCCGAGCGAACCCGAAUGCACCCGAGCGGUCCGAGUGGGCUAAUCCGGACUUUACCUAGUUUUAUAUGUGCUGUACGUGCUAACAUAUUUGUAUAUUAUCAAGAACAUUAUGUUGUUAAAGUGGUUACCUCUUUCUUGCUAACCCUUUUCUUAAGGCUGGUUUUAGUGUCACGCGGACCGUCCGCAUCCGCGCGACCAAUUUGUAUGAAGUUGAUGUUGUCGUCCGCGCCUCUCUAAAACGCUCCCUAAACGCUCCCUGAAGUUAACACAUAUUAGUUCAGUGCGGAUCGCUCCGCGCGGUCGGUCCGCGUGACACUAAAACCGGCCUAAAUAAUAUAUGUAUUCCCAAGACGUACAAAAAUAAUAGAGAUCCGUUUAACCCCUGGCCGUUGUCAAAAAUUUGCUACCUUCAGUUUGUUAGUUACAGUUUAACUUGUCUGUGACAGAUCUGGAACAAGGCAUUUGAGGGAUUACUCGGUAUUGAGUUCUGGUUAGGGAAAAAAACCAGUACUACAUAUGUACCUAUGUGCUUAUGUGGAAACUUCAAAGGGUCAAUCAUGUACCGGAAAACGUCGCACAAUACACGUGCGAAAAGGAAAUUCCUAACUCGUGUCGUUUAUCGCCACUCGAUUCGAACUUCCUCUUUUCAACACUUGUAUCGUAAUGUACCUACUAUUUUAGACGCGUAGACUUGGCCGACCUAAACGGCCUUAUAGAUUUUUCUUUCGUAUUUUUUAUUUAUUAAUCAUAACAUUAUACCGAAUAACCCAAAUGGAUCGCUAUUAUUUUUCUUACACCUUGUAUUAAGAAAACCAGUGAAUAUUUUGCCGGAUGUAUAAAUCAACUGUUGCCAAGCAACCAUGAGGAUUAUGGUAUUUACUAUGGACAUUUUGCGGCAUGAAAUUUCAUAUUAUCGGUGAUAAAAUUAAACCUCGUUGCGGUUUGGAGGGUAACCAUAUUGUUUGUGAUAUUGAUUAAACAUUAAAAAAUAAGUGUAAGAGCGUUUUCACACUGUCCGGUAUAAUAUCGGAUGUAGGGUCCUGCUACCCGAUUUGAAUCGAAGUUUAAAAUAGGUAUGUUAAAAUACGAUAUCAGAUGUGUCAGUGUCAACAAUAAUAUAUUUGAUGACAGUGACAGAGACAAACCAGGCUAACUUAGCAACGAAUUUGAUAAUCCAGCCUGCGCAAGGGUUAAGUAAACGUCAUAAUUUCAUAGAAGUUAGACAUUUAAAAAAUCCGUAACAGUUCCGACUUCUACGACACACACGGGAGGAAAGGGGCUGAAAUUCUUAUAAUCACACGGUUACAACUAAUGUUAGUAAAUAAUCAUCUAGCUAAAGGCCCAUUUCUCAAAAGAUGUUAGACUAAUAAUAUUAGUACGUUGCCAUGACAACCCAUACGAUUUGACAGUUUUUGGGCUAAUAAUAUUAGUCUAAUAUCCUUCGAGAAAUGGGCCGCAGACAGUGUGAACACUCUUUAAAUGCAGUAAAGCACCGAAUCGCAA